GAGGAGUGCUGCUGCUGGGAAGCCGGCCGCAGCUCUGGGAGUGGGGACAUCAGCAGCAGCCACAGGACCCUCCUCCCGCUCCACGUGUUACCCAGCUGGGCGCCUGCCAGGAGCUGUCCCCUCUGGCCAGUGCUGAACGCUGAGAGCUGGAGUGGCCGGGACACCAGUCCCUGGGAGGAGAGGUAUGCCGGAGCCAGUGCGAGUGUGGGGGUAUUAGUGCUCCAGUCCCAGGCCAGCCCGGAGCCGGCACAUCGCUGCCACACACAGCAUGUGAAUGAUGCUCGGCACAGGCGCAGCGCACAGUGCAGCACCGGGCACAGCAGGAAGGUCGGGGGCUGCUGUCCCUGAGGAACCCGCACUCACCCUCACUCAGUGCAGCCGGGGUCUGGGAGCCGCUGGCCGCCGCUCCUCCCUCUUACGCCCCCUAGCUGCUGCUCUUCCUGGGCUGGACUGAAGCGUCUACGGUCCCUCUACUCCUGUUGCUUCCCCUCCAGGCGCCGCAAGCCCGGUUGCAGAGGGCCGGUGGGGAGGGUGAUGGAGCCGCCCCCGGGAGGCUCGGAGACAGCGGCCCCCUCCUUCCAGGCCCGGCUCUUCAAGAACUUGCAGUUGGGAAGGUCCAGAAAGAACGGCGGCGGUAAGGCAGGUGGAGUGGAGCGCCGCAGUGCAGCAGGGUCGCCCUGCCCUUCACCGCCGCUUUCCCGGAGAGGGAACCAGGACAACUCCGAGGCUCAUAUGGAGGAGGUGGUGCCGGGGAUCAUCCGCUGGACCGGGCUGAAGAGGAGGAAGCAGGUCUUGGAUCGGGUCUUCUCCUCCUCCCAGCCCAAUCUCUGCUGCUCCGGUGUGGAGUCCUUGCCCACCAGCGCCCCCUGCAGCAGCCCCAGCAGCAUCGCCAAUACCCCCGAGCCUGGGUCCACGCUGCGCCGGCUGCGAGAUCACCUCCUGCCCUACAGCAAGGCCGGACAGUGCAAGGACCGGGAUGGAGACGUCCAGCACCUUCCUGCAUCCAAACCCGGGCAGCCUGCUCCUGCCACGGCCAAAGCCCGCGGGCCUCAUCUGUCCCAUCAGAAGAGCUCCUCACUCCCCGGAACACAGUGCAUAGAGAACCUGCUCCAGAGCUCCCUCGCCCCGGUCAGGGCCAGCAGCCAAACAAAAAUAAACAGUGCGGGAAGUAGUAAUGCAGAUCUUCCACUCCCUAAUCUCGGAAUGUACCAAUUGGAUGUUACAUUGAGAAGAGGAAGUAACUUGGCGGCUCGUGAUCGAGGAGGGACAAGUGAUCCAUAUGUCAAAUUUAAAAUUGGAGGAAAGGAAGUUUUUCGAAGCAGGACAAUACACAAGAACCUUAACCCUGUGUGGGAAGAAAAUACUUCCCUACUCAUAGACAGUCUCAAAGAACCUUUAUAUGUCAAGGUGUUCGACUAUGACUUUGGGCUUCAAGAUGACUUUAUUGGGUCAGCAUUCCUUGAUCUUACAACACUAGUGCUGCAAAGUUCAAAAGAAGUUGCGUUAAACUUAAAGGAUCCACAGCACCCCGAGCAUGUUUUGGGAACCAUACAUUUGUCUGUCAUUCUGUCCCAGAAAGACGGUGUCUGCAUGGAUUUGCCUGUAUCUAUGCUCAAGUCAUCUGAGUCGACAAUGAUAAUAAAGAAGAAUUGGAAACGAUCAAGUAAGUUUCAGACACAGAGUUUACGGAUUUCAGACUUGCACAGAAAAAAUCACUUGUGGAGAGGGGUAGUAAGCAUCACGCUAAUUGAGGGGCAAGAUCUCAAAGCCAUGGAUGCAAACGGACUUAGUGACCCCUAUGUGAAAUUCCGUCUGGGUCAUCAGAAAUACAGGAGCAAGACUCUUCCGAAAACACUGAAUCCUCAGUGGAGAGAGCAGUUUAACAUGCAUCUUUUUGAUGAGCACGGAGGUGUAAUUGACAUCACAGUAUGGGAUAAGGAUGCAGGCAAGAGAGAUGAUUUUAUUGGAAGGUGCCAGAUUGACCUGUCAGCUUUAAGCAAAGAGCAAACUCACAAAGUGAAGCUGGAUUUGGAAGAAGGGGAAGGUUGUCUCGUUCUCCUAGUGACGCUGACAGCUUCAGCUGCCAUCAGUGUCUCCGACCUCUCUGUCAGCUGCUUGGAGGAUCAAAAAGAGCGGGAAGAAAUUCUGCGGAAAUACAGCCUUGUGAGAUCCUUUAGCAAUCUUAAUGAUGUGGGCUUUCUUCAAGUGAAAGUCAUAAGAGCAGAGGGAUUGAUGGCAGCUGAUGUCACAGGUAAAAGUGAUCCGUUCUGUGUAGUCGAGCUGAACAAUGACAGACUGAUGACUCACACUGUGUACAAGAACCUAAACCCAGCGUGGAAAAAAGUCUUUACAUUCAAUGUCAAUGAUAUCCACUCAGUCCUUGAAGUGACAGUCUAUGAUGAAGAUCGAGACCGAAGUGCUGACUUCCUGGGCAAAGUUGCUAUACCCUUGCUGUCUAUUCAAAAUGGUGAACAGAAAGCCUACGUCUUGAAAAACAAGCAGCUGACAGGGCCAACAAAGGGGGUCAUCCAUCUUGAAAUAGAUGUGAUUUUUAAUGCUGUAAAAGCCAGCAUGGCUACACUUCUGCCAAAAGAACAGAAAUACAUUGAGGAUGAACCCAGACUUUCUAAACAGCUACUGCUGAGGAACUUUAUCCGCAUGAAGUGUUGUGUCAUGGUGCUCAUCAAUGCUGCCUACUACAUUAACAGUUGCUUUGAUUGGGACUCACCCCAAAGGAGUCUUGCUGCUUUCUUGAUCUUUCUGCUCGUUGUCUGGAAUUUUGAGAUGUACAUGAUCCCACUUGCAUUGUUGCUGUUUUUGGCUUGGAACUAUUUCUUAAUCAUAUCAGGGAAAGAUAACAAGACCCAGGAUAUGGUAGUGGAAGACAUGCUAGAGGACGAGGAUGAGGAGAAUGACAAAGAUGACAAGGACAGUGAGAAGAAAGGAUUUAUGAAUAAGUUGUAUGCCAUCCAGGAGGUAUGCGUCAGUGUCCAAAGUGUCCUUGAUGAAGUAGCCUCCAUCGGUGAGAGGAUAAAGAACAUGUUCAACUGGACAGUCCCAUUCCUAACCUGGCUGGCAAUCAUCGCCCUUUGCCUUCUAACAGCAGUGCUAUAUUUUAUCCCACUCAGAUACAUCGUCCUUCUGUGGGGAAUCAACAAGUUUACAAAGAAAAUUCGAAGUCCUUAUACUAUCGAUAACAAUGAGCUUCUGGACUUCCUCUCCAGAGUGCCCUCUGAUGUUGAACUGGUGCGGUACCGUGAGCUGCGAGCAGACCUCAACCACAGCCCCAGCAAAAGGAGGAAAAACAAUCUUGGUUAGCUCCGCUACUCAUCACGGAGAAGAACAUCUGCUCGCCCCAGAUAACGGGAGGCCCAGCGGCUCUUUGCAUUCUCAUUGUUUGUGUUACCUUACGCUGUUUUUUUUUUAACCUGAUGAAGACAUUUUGUAAAUAUUGUAUAAAGGCAGAUACCACUGUACAAUACUAAUUUGAUAUACAUUUGGGAGUUCAUCUCUUGCUGUGUGAAUGCUCUGCCUGGAUAGUUGUGUGAUGCUAUAAAUCAGUAUAGUGUAGAUGCUGACUCUCCAGCCAUGGCAGUGGCUGCUGGCACAUGAGCUGGCGUUGGCAUUACUAGGCGCACAUUUAUGUAUGCACAUGCUUUAGCCAAAAAGCUAUAUUUAUUAUAUAAAGCAAUUAUUUGGGGUUUUGAAAAAUAAUAUGCACUUUUGGAUUCAGUGCCUAAUGGGUCCCUGCUGUCAUUGUGUAUACGUCACACCCUAAUACUUCCUCAUUGUCUAUGCUCAGACUAAGCUAGCAGAAUGCUGAAGACGCUCUCACAAGCACCACUUCCAGCCAUACAAAGGAAUGAGUACAUAGAAGCAAUAUAGGAUUUGCACAGAACAUGUAUGCAGGGGAAUAUAAGUCAGACUUAGAAGUUAGGAAGUAGGGGAUCGGUGUGGGAUCCCGGCGGUCAGGAGACAGAUACCGGGAUCCCAACAGCCAGAUUCCCGGCAUCGUGUCCCCUCGCGGGCCUGCUGCGCUCACUACACUUCGGGCCUGGUGGUUACCUUGGGUCGCCACACUAUUAUAUUCCCCCUUGGGUGGUGGCGUGGACCAACACCCGAGUGGGAAUACCAUGCUUAGGUGGGGAUUCCAACCACUGGCAUUUCCCCAGCUGUCGGAAUUCCGGCGUCAGUAUUCUAAACGGCGGGAUCCCGACAGCCGGUAAUUUAACCGCAUCCCGGAAGACGUGUCUGGGACAACACGCUGUAAUAAUAUUGGAUGUGACAUGAUAUCGGUUGUGUAAUGAAUGGCGAUUGUAUGAAAAUGUGACUGUAAGUUCUAUAAACCCACAACCAGGAAUAAAUUUCUCCAUUGCGCGAUUGAUAGCAGAAUGUGACUAACGGUCUAUAUAUUACAGUGUCACCAAUAGUGGUUUCAAGGACGAGAGCAGACAGUGCUGGAAAUGGAAUGAAUCACUAAUUCUGUGUUUAUACAGUACGCAAGGAUUUGUAUGUUUGCCAUAGCUGGGACAUGGCAGGAUCUUAUCGUAUGAGUAUAUAUACAGUAUAUACAAAACUCAAUGGCAGAAAUAGUGGCACAGACACUUGUUAUUCACAAUUGAUAAUGUUAUAUUUACAGUAAAAUAUAUUUUUAUGAAUAUAUAAUAUAAGCAUUGCAAUAACAUAUACAAUUUCCUUAGUUUGCAUUUUAAAUAAUUACAAUAAAAUUUGAUCAUAAAUGUAAAGAGUAGGAUUUACUUUAUUUGGGGGGCAAGAGGUCCAUCCAAGUCUCCAGGGCCCACCAACCCUAACUUUAUUCUCUGACUACUGACCUGCUAGCUAGGGGCAGAUCCAGAAAAAAAUCACAGGGGGCUGCACCGUGAUGGGGGAAUCAUGGUUGCGGGGUGUGACCAGGUGUGGGAGUGGCAUGUGGCCCUACACAUCCGCUGUGAAUUCAUAGGGGUAAAUUUACUAAGCUGGGAGUUCUAUUUAAGAUGAGAUGCUGCCCAUAGCAACCAAUCAGAUUCCAGGUAUUAUCUUCUAGAAGGUGCUAGAUAAAUAAGAAGUAAAAUCUGAUUAGUUGCUAUGGGUAACAUCCCAUCUUAAAUAGAACUCCCAUUUUAGUAAAUUUACCCCAUAGUAUUAAUCUAAAGUUGUUGUGCCAACUAUUAUAGCAAAUGAACAUCCCAUUCAUAGUUUGAGCAGCUGCGUGAAUGACAUUAGUAAGUAGAAGUGCUGGUAUUUAAAUCUACAGUAGACAGCCAGGGGCCCUCAGAUGCUUUUACGAUUUUAAUAAGUGUGAAAUUAAGUUUAGAUGCAUUUUCUGCACAUCUGCCACCAACUGAUACUCAAAUGUUAGGCCGUUUAACAAGAAAUAUAACUACCUACUUUAAUAGGCCCUUUGUCCACUCUUCAGUGGACAAAAGGCAAAAUUCAAGGUUGAUUGCAAAACAACAUUUUCCUCUAAUGGGCAAAACCAAGGGGGUAAUUCAGACCUGAUCGUAGCAGCAAAUUUGUUAGCAGUUGGGCAAAACCAUGUGCACUGCAGGGGGGCAGAUAUAACAUGUGCAGAGAGAGUUAGAUUUGGGUGGGUUAUAUUGUUUCUGUGCAGAGUAAAUAUUGGCUGCUUUAUUUCUACACUGCAAUUUAGAUUUCAGUUUGAACACACCCCACCCAAAUCUAAAUGUGCAUACACACGGUGAGAUUCGGGCUAACCCCGAUUCUCAAUAUGCGACAGGGGCUAUGUCGGCAUCGCAAGCACAUAAUGACUGUGCUUGCGAUACUGACUAUGUGCGAUUUUGGCUAAGUGUCAAUUUUGACUAUCUUAUCUACGAGAGAGUCAAAAUUGACUUGCCUGCACAAUCUAUCCAGGCUUGCGAUGCUGACCGCGCGGCACCGCAUAUCGGCAUCGCAUCUGGAUCACAAGGUGACUUUCACCUUGUGAUCUGAACUAACUUUUCUUACGAUUUUGACUAUAUAGUCAAAAUCGUCAGAAAAUAUCUCACCGUGUGUACACACCAUAACUCUCUCUGCACAUGUUAUAUCUGCCCCACCUGCAGUGCACAUGGUUUUGCCCAACUGCUAACAAAUUUGCUGCUGCGAUCAGGUCUGAAUUACCCCCCAUGUGCACUGCAGGUGGGACAGAUUUAACAUGUGCAGAGAGAGUUAGAUUUGGGUGUGUUAUUUUGUUUCUAUGCAGGGUAAAUACUGGCUGCUUUAUUUUUACACUGCAAUUUAGAUUUCAGUUUGAACACACCCCACCCAAAUCUAACUCUCUCUGCACAUAUUAUAUCUGUCCCACCUGCGGUGCACAUGGUUUUGCAAUCAACCUUGAAUUAGGCCCAAAAUGUACUAAUCUUACCCAGCACCUCUAUAUGAUAUUAUACUGCAAACUUUUUAACCCCAACUGUGCUGGGAUUCUGCAUGUCUGCGGCAGAUACUGUAAAUCAGGGCAAGUUAUUCUCCCUCCUGCAGAGCAAAUCGGAAACUCUGACCAAACAGACAAGGGAAUUAUUCAGUAAACAUUUUGCGUUUCAUGUUGUCUUUCAGUAACACACAGCUGAGAUAUACAGGGCCAAAUGUAAUAGAGUGAGAGUUUCAAAAAGCGAGAGAU